CUCCUCCUCCUCCUCUGCUUGGCUCUGCUGACCAAAGAGGGACCGGGAAGCAGAGCCUGGGCUUCGGAGGGGCCCCGGGGAGAGGUGGCCUCCCUCCUUGGCCGCUCGCCUUCUCUUGCCUUUGGAGGAGCCACCUCCACCUCCAGCCCUUCCUUGGCCGGGCAGGUGGCCCUCCUCAAGGCGCACUGCCUCAGUCUCUCUCUCUCUGGUCCCUCCGGAGGAGCCUCCCUCGCUUCCCCCUCAAGCAAAGGGGCCACUGGUCCUCCAUUUCAGCCUUCUGCCCGGGAGGAAUUCCGAUUUGGAGCAUGGCUAAGAAGCAGGGGCUUCUACCUCCAGGAGGGUUUCCAGCUCUCCUUUUGGUCCCGUUCUAUGUACAUGCUUUUUCUUGGAUGUCCUCUAUUUUGAGGUGUCUUGUCUCCCUCUGUGGUUCUGACUCAGGCUGGUGAAAGGGGUCUUUUUCCCCCAGGACAGGUCCUCCAUGUCAGCCUUCCGCCCAGGAGGAGUUCCCAAGUGUCCUCCAUGUGGAGCGUGGCUAAGCAGCAUGGAUUUAUACCUCCAGGAGGGUUUCGAGCUCUUAUUUUGCUCACCUUGUACAUUUUUUCUCGAAUGUCCUCCAUUUUGCGGUGUCUUAUGUAGUUCUGACCUCUGGUCCCCCUGAGCUCAGAGUGACCAGGGAUCCUCCUUUUCCAGGACAGGUCCUCCAUUUCAGCCUUCUGCCCAGAAGGGGUUCCAAAGUGUUUCGAGCUCCUAUUGGACCAUGUCCUACAUCAUCUUGACUGUCCUUACAUUUUGGGGCGCUUUCUCUCCCUCUGGGGUUGGUUCUAACCCUGGGCUCAGGGUGGCGGAGGAUCCUCUUUUUCCCGGACAGGCCCUCCAUUUCAACCUUCUCUCUAGGAAGAAUUCCAAAGUGUUCCUCAUUAGGAACAUGGCUAAGCAGCAUGGAUUAACACUUCCAGGAGUGUGGCGAGCUUUUCUUUGGACUUGUCCUCCAUUUUGCAGUGGUUCUACAUGGUUCUGAGCCCUGGUCCCCUUGGGCUCAGGGUGACCAGUCGUCCUCCUUUUCCAGCACAGGUCCUCCAUUUCAACCUUCUGUCCAGGAAGAGUUCCAAAGUGUCCUCCAUUUGGAGCAUGGCUCAGUGGCAUGGAUUUCCAUUCCCAGGAGUGUGGGCGGCCAGGACAACGCUGGCUUUUUCUGGAGGACUUUUUUUGCCCCGGCUUUAUUGCCUGGCUCAUCCAUCUUGUGAGCAGCUGGAGCCUCGACUUCCCAAGGGCGAAGAAGAACCUGCUGCCUUCUGCCUCUUCCUUCUGGGGCUUGAGAGCCCAGUAUUUUAUUGUUCGCCACUCCUGAGAGACUCUGCUCUGCCUUCCCCAGUUUCUGAGGCCAUUGGAGUUGCCUUCAUUUCUUCUCCUCUGACAUCCAAGCCAUGGGCUGCUUCUGUGCUGUCCCAGAGGAGUUUUAUUGUGAAGUCCUGCUUCUGGAUGAAUCCAAAUUGACCUUAACCACCCAGCAGCAGGGGAUAAAGAAGUCAACGAAAGGAUCGGUUGUCCUAGGCUACGUAUUCCGGCAUUUAAACCUUGUGGAGAUAGAUUACUUUGGACUGCGUUACUGUGACAGAAGUCACCAGACGUUCUGGCUGGAUCCUGCAAAGACUCUUACGGAACAUAAGGAACUCAUAAACACUGGUCCGCCUUAUACUCUGUACUUCGGUGUUAAAUUUUAUGCAGAAGAUCCAUGCAGACUAAAGGAAGAAAUCACCAGGUAUCAAUUUUUUUUACAGGUGAAGCAAGAUGUCUUGCAAGGGCGCUUGCCAUGCCCCAUCAACAUUGCUGCUCAGCUGGGAGCUUAUGCAGUUCAGUCUGAGCUUGGAGACUAUGACCCGUACAAGCACACUGCAGGUUACGUUUCAGAAUAUCGGUUUGUUCCAGACCAGAAGGAAGAAUUAGAAGAUUCUAUAGAGCGGAUACACAAAACACUCAUGGGCCAAGUUCCAGCUGAGGCAGAACUGAAUUACCUAGGUGUGGCAAAGACGCUUGAAAUGUAUGGAGUUGAUCUUCAUCCUGUCUACGGUGAAAACAAAUCCGAAUAUUUUCUAGGAUUAACUCCUGUAGGAGUGGUUGUAUACAAGAAUAAAAAGCAAGUAGGAAAGUAUUUUUGGCCAAGAAUUACAAAGGUCCACUUCAAGGAAUCUCAGUUUGAACUUAGAGUUCUGGGAAAAGAUUGUAAUGAAACUUCCUUCUUUUUUGAAGCACACAGCAAAACUGCAUGCAAACAUUUGUGGAAAUGUUGUGUAGAACAGCACACGUUCUUCAGAAUGCCAGAAAAUGAGUCCAAUUCUCUGUCAAGAAAACUUGGUAAACUUGGAUCUCUGGGAUAUAAGCACCGGUAUAGUGGGAGAACAGCUUUACAAAUGAACAGGGAUCUUUCCAUCCAGCUUCCUCGACCUAACCAAACUGUUGAAAGAAGUCGUAGUAAGACUUAUCCCAAAAGAACAUCAAAACCACAACCAGUUGGAUCACAUUGUGCAAACCAGGUUGUUACACGCAGAGAAACUGGGGAAAAUGAAGGAACUACCAAAAUUAUUGCUCCCUCGCCAAUAAAAAGUUUUAAAAAGUCAAGAAAUGAAAGUAGUCCAGAAACCCAAAGAAGCAAAAACAGUGCACCAUGGGAAGAAAACUGCCCACAGAGUGGACUAUAUAAUUCUCCUAGUGAUCGCAACAGAUCACCCAAAUUUCCUUAUUCACGACGAAGACAUCCUUCAGGUGGAAGUGAAAAUGAACCUGGGCAGCCACUUAGAAGAAGAUCACGAUCCCGUUGUAAUACCAGCAGUGGUAGUGAAUCGGAAAACUCUAACAGAGAACAUCGGAAGAAAAGACACAGAUUACGGCAGGAGAAUGACAUGGUUGAUUCAGGUCCUCAGUGGGAAGCAGUUUUGAGAAGGCAAAAGGAGAAAAAUCAAUCAGAUCCCAAUCACCGGCGAUCAAAACAUAGAUCUAGAUCGAGAAGUCCAGAUGUGCAAGCAAAGGAAGAAUUAUGGAGACACAUCCAAAAAGAACUUGUGGAUCCAUCUGGCCUAUCUGAGGAACAAUUAAGAGAGAUUCCAUAUACCAAAGUAGAGACUCAAGGUGACCCUGUUCGCAUUAGACACUCUCAUUCCCCUCGAAGCUAUCGCCAGUAUCGCCGGUCCCAGUGUUCUGAUGGAGAAAGAUCUGUUCUGUCAGAAGUGAACAUUUUGUUUUUCAGCUCAAAAACAGACCUCGUACCUCCGCUACCUGUAACCCGUUCCUCAGAUGCUCAGUGCCCCAUGACCACAGUCGUUCAGCAGCGGUGCAGUGGAUCUAAAGACAGCUUGAUAGAAGAAAAAGCACAAACAUCAACCAGCAAGCUGGAUGGAAAACACAGUACCAAGACAAUAAAAAUUGUUCAAGUGUCACGGCUAAAGAUAGAGAGUUGAUUACUGCAGCAAAGGACUGAGUGGAUGCUGCUCCUUGAAUGUGCAAACAAAAAGGUUCAACUGCAGUAGCUGAAAAGAUGGGACUGGAUACAAGCCUAAAGAAAAGCAGGCAUUCACACUAUGAAAUACUCUUCCAAGACUAGUUUUGUUAACGAGGUUAUUCUGAGAUGACUGGCUUUUUGAACAAAUAAAGCUACUCACAAGACUUAUUAAAAUGGUUUCAUGUGCAGUAGCCAUCAACUAUUCCCGUUCCAGAACUGAUGACAGCCAAUUGUGGAAACCCUGGGUGAGGUAGUUAUUUGAUACCACAAAUGGCAAUCAGAAAAGUAAUUGCCAGAUGUGCUGUGAGCACAUGGAUAGGAUAUCUUUAUACACAACAUUCUGUAGACUUUACUGGAUAUGGAAAAUGACUUCCUUUUAGAUUUUGUCUUUUAAAAGUUUCAAUGAGCCAUUGUAGCUGCAGUUGAUGCUUUUCCAUAUAGUCAUAAUUGCCAAAGCUCUUAGGAUGUUUGCCACAGCUGUAGGUCUAUGAGCAUCAAAUUAUAAUAUAGAACAUAGGCCUGUUACAGACUGCCAAAAGAGUCUCUUUGGAGGUAUGCUAUUUAAAUGAUGCAUGGGUCCUAAGAGUCUGGAGGUCACACCAAAGCCACACUCCAUUCCUAAGCACUGGAGUGCAGCUUUGGUGCAGCUUCCAGAUUCUUAGGAUGCAUGCAUCAUUUAAACAGCAUACCUCCAGAGACCCGAAGCAGCUUUAUUUUGGCAGUCUGUAACAGGCCAUAGAACGUGUUUGUGUUCAAAAGUUGAAGGAGUAUGGGCAAUAUUCUUAAAACUUUCUUAAGUAGUGGUCCCUAUAUUGGUGUGAUUGAUCUUCUAAAGAUGCAUCAUGGAAUGCAUGUGAAUUACCAGCACACACAUGCCCUAUACCUGAAUGUAUCAGCUGCUGGGAAAUGACUGGGCCAAACUACUGAAGGCUCAGAGGCUGGUGGGGGGAGGACACACCACAAUGAACAUUCUUCCCUAAGCUUCUGCAAAACAGAUUUGAGAGAAAACUGGAGAGCACACAUUGUUACACUUGUUGAGGUUAAAUGACAGAACAGGAAGUGAUACAAAUGAAACCUACAUUACAGUUCUAUUUCAAACCUGCAAUUCAUUUAUAUGUCCAAUUUUUAAAAAAGAUAUCCUACUAUUCAUACCUUGCCAGGAAUCUCUCUUGAACACAGGAUAGUUCAGAUUUGGAUUGUCACAAUAAAGUAAGACAAAAAUCACUAGACUGUCUGCAAAGAGACAUAACAAAUGUAGCUGUACCCUUCCAGUUGUCCAUCCUUGCUCUCUGAGUAUAUCAUCUUUGCAUACCUUCCAAGUCAUUUCCAACUUACAGCGACCCUGAGGUAAAUUUAUCAUGGGGGUUUCUUAAUUUAUUGAAAAAUAGUUGAUGGAUACAAUGGGCACUGAUGUGGCUUUGCCUUUCUCCUAGUGAAAGGAAAAAAAGCACUUAGGAAUUGCAUUGUUUUCAAUUAUUUAUUCCAAAUAUAAGUAAAUUUUGUGGAAGAAAUGACAUGCAUUAUUUUUGUUAUAACCAUUAGUCUCAGGCAUAGCAAUGGAAUUGCAGUCUGAUAACAGCUGGAAAGCUGUGUCCCAACUGGGAAUCACAUUCUCACUCUGAUCUUUUUUAUUCCCAUUUAUCCUAUAUCACCUCAUACAAUUUCACUUAAAGGUGGGCUGAGCAUUGACAUGAAUCUACAGGUUGAUUAUCUCUGGGCUGCAGCACACCAAACAUGGUAUAUAAACAUAUCCAGUUUGCUGAGGAAAUGAAGUAUUCCUUUGCCAGAUUAUCCAUACUCAAAGAAUUUGUUCCACUUAUUUAAAUUCAGUAAAUACCAGCACCUGCAGAGACUCAUGAAGUAUCUGAACUAAUGAAUCUGAGCAUCCAAUACUUCUCAAUUAAUUACCCAGAGAUGCAAAACAAACUUGGUGAAAGAUCACACUUUCUCAGUGGGCAAGGAGCACUCAUGCACCCACCUCUGCUGCUGACCCAUCAGUGCAACAAGUGAAUUUGUGAAGAGACAAAUGUAUUUCAAUAUCAAAGUUUCAACAAGUCUGAAACACAUCUUAAUAUUUUGUUUUGAAUAGCUUAUCCCUGUCAAAAAAUCACUAAAUAACAGUGUAACAAACAACACUCCUUCACGUUAUGGCAGUCCUAUGGGGGUUUUCUUUUCUCACCCUG